CGGCCGGGGGCACGCACGGACGCACGCCCUCACGCACGCCCUCUCUUGCUCGCGCCGCCGCGGCUGCUCCCGCGUACUCCCCCAGCGCCGUCCAGUCCGCCGAGAUGCUGCGGGCUUGUCAGUUAUCUGGCGUGACCGCCGCCGCCCAGAGUUGUCUCUGUGGGAAAUUUGUCCUCCGUCCGUUACGACCAUGCCGAAGAUACUCAACUUCAGGCAGUUCUGGGUUGACUGCUGGCAAAAUUGCUGGAGCUGGCCUUUUAUUUGUUGGUGGAGGUAUUGGUGGCACUAUUCUGUAUGCAAAAUGGGAUUCCCAUUUCCGGGAAAGUGUAGAGAAAACCAUACCUUACUCAGACAAACUCUUUGAAAUGGUUCUUGGUUCUGCACCUUACAGUGUUCCACUGCCAAAGAAGCCGAUUCAGUCUGGUCCACUAAAAAUCUCCAGUGUAUCAGAGGUAAUGAAAGAAUCUAAACAGCCCGCCUCACAACUCCAGAAACACAAAGCAGAUACUCCAGCUUCAACAACAGCACCUACAGAGGCAGCUCAAAUUAUUUCUGCAGCAGGUGAUACGCCAUCAGUCCCAGCCCCUGCAGUUCAGCAUGAAGAACCGGUAAAAACUGAUCGUCCUGAAAUUGCUGGAGGAAAACCUACACCUGUAACUUCAGAGGAAGCAUCCUCAUCUUCUGUAAGGGAACGCCCACCUGAAGAAGUUGCAGCUCGCCUUGCACAACAGGAAAAACAAGAGCAAGUUGAGAUUGAGUCUCUAGCCAAGAGCCUAGAAGAUGCUCUGAGCCAAACUGCUUCCAUCACUCUGCAGGCCAUUGCUGCCCAGAACGCUGCGGUCCAGGCCGUCAGUGCACACUCCAACAUACUGAAGGCUGCCAUGGAUAAUGCUGAGAUUGCAGGUGAGAAGAAGUCUGCCCAGUGGCGUACAGUGGAGGGUGCAUUGAAGGAACGCAGAAAGGCAGUAGAUGAAGCUGCUGACGCCCUUCUCAAAGCCAAAGAAGAGUUAGAGAAAAUGAAAAGUGUAAUUGAAAAUGCAAAGAAAAAAGAGGUUCCUGGGGCCAAAGUUCAUAUAACUGCAGCAGAGGGGAGGCUUCACAACAUGAUUGUGGAUUUGGAUAAUGUGGUCAAAAAGGUCCAGGCAGCUCAGUCCGAGGCUAAGGUUGUGUCUCAGUAUCAUGAGCUGGUGGUCCAAGCGCGGGAUGACUUCAGACGAGAACUAGACAGUAUUACUCCAGAAGUGCUUCCUGGGUGGAAAGGAAUGAGUAUUUCUGACCUAGCUGACAAGCUCUCUACUGAUGAUCUGAACGCCCUGAUUGCUCAUGCGCACCGUCGUAUUGACCAGCUGAACAGAGAGCUGGCAGAACAGAAAGCCACAGAGAAGCAGCACAUCGCAUUAGCCUUGGAGAAACAGAAGUUGGAAGAGAAGCGGGCAUUUGACUCUGCGGUGGCCAAAGCAUUAGAACAUCACAGAAGUGAGAUACAAGCAGAACAGGAAAGAAAGGUAGAGGAGGUGAGGGAUGCCAUGGAGAAUGAGAUGAGAACCCAGCUUCGCCGACAGGCAGCUGCCCACACUGACCACUUGCGAGAUGUUCUUAGGGUUCAAGAACAGGAACUGAAGAAUGAAUUCGAGCAGGACCUGUCCGAGAAACUCUCCGAACAAGAAUUACAGUUCCGUCGUCUCAGCCAAGAGCAAGUUGACAACUUUACUCUGGAUAUAAACACUGCCUAUGCCAGACUGAGAGGAAUCGAACAGGCUGUUCAGAGUCAUGCGGUUGCUGAGGAGGAAGCGAGAAAAGCCCACCAGCUCUGGCUCUCGGUGGAGGCACUGAAGUACAGCAUGAAGACCUCGUCUGCAGACGCGCCCACUGUGCCGCUGGGGAGUGCUGUGGAGGCCCUCCGAGCCAGCUGUUCCGAUAACGAAUUUGCCCAGACUUUGACUGCAGCCAUCCCUCCAGAGUCCCUGACUCGGGGAGUUUACAGUGAAGAGACCCUCAGGGCCCGUUUCUAUACUGUGCAGAAGCUGGCGCGCAGGGUGGCAAUGAUUGAUGAAACCAGAAAUAGCUUGUACCAGUACUUCCUCUCCUACCUGCAGUCCCUGCUCUUAUUUGCACCUCAGCAGCUGAAGCCGCCAGCGGAGCUGUACCCUGAGGACAUAAACACAUUUAAGUUGCUGUCGUAUGCCUCCUAUUGCAUUGAGCAUGGUGACCUGGAGUUGGCAGCCAAGUUUGUUAAUCAGCUGAAAGGGGAAUCCAGACGAGUGGCACAGGACUGGCUGAAGGAAGCCCGAAUGACACUAGAAACUAAACAGAUAGUGGAGAUCCUGACGGCGUACGCCAGUGCCAUAGGAAUAGGAACCACUCAAGUGCAGCAGGAGUAAGGUCUAGGAGCCUUUGUAGUCUUACGUCCUAGGAGAUCAGGGAUGUAUGAAGGGUUUGAACUGGUGGUCCCAGGGUCUAGGAACGAGCAGGUUGAGUGCAGGUCUGUGUUAACACCUGUUGCAUUUAUAUUCCUUCCACUUGCUAUCAUGUCAGUGAACUCCAGGUGUCCUUUCUUCACAACUUGUGUGUCCUGUUAUUCAGGUUUUAUUGAUCAGGCUUGUGAGCCAAUCAAAAUAAUGUUUGUGAUCCCCACUACUAUUGAUUUUGCCCUUGGAGCAAACUGAAUAAAGCAACGAGAUGAAAACUGA